AGAGGAGGGAGGAGAAUGGAUCUUUUCUGUGUGAGACGCCGGCACUACCUCACACUGCUCCUUACCACCUGUCCUUGACUUAGUGAGCACAGGCGGGACAGGCAGCUGGCUUCCUUCAACAGCUUUCCUGUUUGUUUAUCUGCCAACAUUCUUUAAAAAAAAAAAACAUUUCCCCCACUGUGCUCUUCUUCCUGUGGUGCUUCGCUGCAGAAGUGAAAGACGCUCAUCGUCGGCCAGUGAGAGCUCUGAUGGGAGGCAGCUUUGACUCUGGCUGGGACUGGGGAUGCUGAACGGAGGGAGGGAGGGCCUGUUUGAGCUGGGACAGCAGUUCCAGCAGCAGGGGGAGUACCAGGCCGCCCUCCACUGCUUCCUCAGCUGUCUUCUGGGACUGACCCAUGUACAGAGCUUCACCUCUCUGCCCAACUGCCUGCACCAGAUUGCUGAACUGUUCAUCACUGAAAAGAACUAUGGGAAGGCCCUCCAGUUCAUCCAGGCUGAAAAGAUGUUCUACGAAGUGGCAUUGAUCGAGCUCACUGCUCUUCAGGGGAGUCCAGGGCCUCAGGAGGAGGCCACCCUGGGCUCUGCAGGAUGGACAAACCCAGAGGAGCUGUCAGAGCAGGCCUCUCAAGCGCAACACCUCGAACGGCUGGCUCAGCUCUGCAUCAUGAGCAAACAACCACAUCUUGCCCUAGAAUACAGCGGUAAGGCUACCAAGAUUCAUCAGAGGACCUUCGGUAACGACCAUCCAAUAACUGCCAGAAGCCUGGAGCUCAUGGCAACCGUCUAUGCUGAGAUCGGCAAGACUGAAUACUCAGACUCUCUGGGCCAGUGCGUGUCGGCGCUGUCCAAACGCUUCGCUGCUGCAGAGUCCCUCAGAGACACCGUCAACUGUCUUCCUCAUUCCCACCGCGAGAAAGUUUGCGAGGUGCGUCACAGAAAAGACGCGCACCACCAACAGGAAGACACGCCAAAUCCUAAGGCAACCAGUGGCAAAGUCCCUACCUCCAUUCUAAAGAGGCCAAGUCCUAAUUAUGGGUCAGACGCAGAAACCAACCACAGACGGAAGGGCGAGCGCAGGGUUCGAUUCAGGGAGCCGGAGACCACAGUACACGAUAUUUACUGUGACCCUUUAGGUGCCUAUGAGACAACGCCGGCCCGGCCCCAUCUUGCCCUGUUCACCUGCCUCUUCCUGCUCAUGUCAUUCCUCGGCGUUGCGAUGUACUGCACCGACCGCAGGCGGCCGCAGAGAGCAUGCGAGGAGCUGGAGGCUGCUUUGGCCGUCUACCUGGUUCACAUGAAGCAGCUCCUGUGGGGCUGCUGGAUAUGGCUGACCAUGCAGUGA